AUAUAACAACCAUGACCACCAAAGACCCCACCAAAAAGUUAGAGGCCAACGAUGCAUCAAGACCAAGAGAACCCAUUGCUUCUCCUUACAUGCCUAAAUAUCCUGACCCAAUGUCAAAUAUCUCCCGUUUCAAAAUUAUUGAAUCUACUUUACGAGAGGGUGAACAAUUUGCCAAUGCUUUUUUUGAUACAGAAAAGAAGGUAGAAAUUGCAAAGGCAUUGGACGAAAUUGGUGUAGAUUAUUUAGAAUUGACAUCACCUGCAGCUUCUGAACAAUCACUGAACGAUUGUCGUGUGAUAUCUAAUUUGGGAUUGAAGGCCAAGAUCUUGACUCAUACACGAUGCCAUAUGGAUGAUGCGAAAUUGGCGAUUGACACUGGUGUAGAUGGUUUGGAUGUGGUCAUUGGCACUUCUAGUUAUCUACGUGAAUUCUCUCAUGGAAAGGAUAUGGAUUACAUCACUGAAAAGGCUAUUGAAGUUAUUACAUUUAUCAAAAGCAAAGGUUUGGAGGUGCGAUUUUCCACUGAAGACUCUUUCCGUUCUGAUCUCGUGGAUUUGUUGUCUAUUUACAAGGCUGUUGAAAAAGUAGGUGUGGAUCGUGUGGGUAUUGCUGAUACUGUGGGUUGUGCUAAUCCUCGUCAAGUCUAUGAAUUGGUACGAACUUUACGAAGUGUGGUUAGUUGUGAUAUUGAAUGUCAUUUUCAUAAUGAUACUGGUUGUGCUAUUGCCAAUGCUUAUGCAGCGCUGGAAGCUGGAGCCACUCAUAUCGAUACUUCUGUUUUGGGUAUUGGAGAACGAAAUGGUAUCACACCCUUAGGCGGAUUGUUGGCAAGAAUGUAUACAGCAGAUAAAGAUUAUGUGAUGAACAAAUAUGAUUUGACCAAGAUUCGAGAUGUGGAAAAUAUUGUGGCAGAAUCAGUACAAGUGACGGUACCAUUCAAUAAUUACAUCACUGGAUAUUGCGCAUUCACUCACAAGGCAGGUAUUCAUGCCAAGGCGAUUCUGAACAAUCCUUCUACUUAUGAAAUUCUGAAUCCUGAAGAUUUUGGUAUGAACCGAUAUGUUUCUAUUGGUCAUCGACUUACUGGUUGGAACGCUGUCAAGAACCGAAUUGAACAACUGAACUUGGGUUUGACCGAUGAUGAUGCCAAACAAGUCACACAAAAGAUCAAGGAACUGGCCGAUAUUCGUCCGCUUAGUUUGGAAAACGUCGAUGUCUUGCUUCGACAUUAUCAUCAAGCAAAGGAUCAAGGUACUCACUCUCAGGCUUUGGACAAGAUAGAAACUCCCGAUAUGAUCUCUUCUGUGGCCACUGCCUCCGUACAACAUUAGUCACUUCUCUAUACUUUCUUUC